GUUCGGUGGAAUUUUUUUCUUUUUCUUCCCCUUUCUCGUUUCCCCCAUAUCUAAUAAUUUAGACGACCGUGAGGAAGUGGGGAAAAAUUAAGAGGAGGGAGGAGAGGAAAUCAUCAUGAAUAACAUUCUAUCCCAUCGUACUAGGGGAGAUCCUAGCGUUUCUUCAAACUCGCAAGAUGAGAAGAUCCCUCAAUCAGAGAUUGCCCACGAGGACCAUGGUGCUAGCGGUCACAGUGAUUUGCAUCGCGGUUUGAAGGCUAGGCAUAUUACCAUGAUAGCCAUCGGUGGUGCUAUUGGCACUGGAUUGAUUAUUGGAACUGGUUCUGCUCUUGCUCGUGCAGGCCCUGGCGCAAUUCUCAUCUCUUAUACGAUUGUUGGCUUCUUGGUAUACUUGGUAAUGUGCGCCUUGGGUGAGAUGGCUGCUUGGCUCCCGCUCGCUUCCGGUUUCACCGGUUACGCCACCAGAUUUUGUGAUCCGGCUCUCGGUUUCGCUCUUGGUUAUACUUAUUGGUUUAAAUACAUCAUUGUCACGCCGAAUCAGUUGACAGCAGCUGCAUUGGUCCUACAGUACUGGGUUCCAAGAGAAAAGCAAAUAGAUCUCUACAUCGCAUCCCGAACAAUCUAUGGUCUCGCAUGCGAAGGAAAGGCACCAGCAUUCUUAGCUCUCACUGAUAAGCGUGGUGUUCCCGUUUUCGCCCUUGGUCUAUCCUCGUUGUUUGGCCUCCUAGCCUUCAUGAACGUCUCAGAUGACUCCAAGAUCGUCUUUGGCUACUUCGUCAACUUGGUCACGAUAUUCGGUAUCCUCACAUGGAUCUCCAUCCUCGUAACUCAUAUCUGUUUCGUCCGCGCCCGCCGUGCCCAAGGAAUCGCAGACGAUCAACUGGCCUACACCGCGCCAUUCGGAAUCUGGGGAUCUUACGGAGCCCUCGUCUCCUGCUCCAUCAUUGCCAUCUUCAAGAACUUCAACGUGUUUACGUACAGCAAGGCUUACGGCGCAUUCGACUACAAGAACUUCAUCACUGGGUAUCUUGGUAUCCCGUUGUACCUUAUCAUGAUUUUUGGGUAUAAGUUUUGUUUCCGCAACUCUGGAAUCCCGGCUUCCAAAGCGGAUCUAUUCACCGGGAAGGACAAGAUUGAUCGUGAAGAGGAGGAGUUCUUAAGACGGAAAGCGCUCAAGGGUCUUGACCAUGGCGGUUUGUUCUAUAGAACUUUUAUUGCUUGGUUGUUUUAGAUGCUUGUUUUUUAUUUUUUUAUUUUUUUUAUUUUUAAAUUUCCUAUCACAUCUGCGUUGCUUUUUUGCUAUCUCGGCAUAUGACCUGUAUGCGUUGAGAAAUGGAAAUGGUGCCAUGUUCCUUCCUUCCUGUUAUGUCUACGGCACAGUAAAGUGGGUUCUCUCGGGUCUGUUUACGACACUUUAGUGGAACGUAUUCUGGGAAAUUGGGCGACUGCGGGGGGAUAGUCAUGAUCUCCUACAUGGAAUAUCACUCACAUGAUUUGCUCCU